AUGCCAGAAACAAUGACUCAAAAAGAAAAUCCAUUGAGUCUUCUUUCAAUUGAAGUACUCAUAAGCCAUGUUCAUAUUGAUCUUAAUAUAGAAUGUCAUUUGCCGUGUGUAGUUUUUCGUUUACUCGAUUAUCCAGCUGUAUCAAUACCCUAUUUUGACCAAUGGCAAACAGAAGAAUUUCAUAAUUUAAAAAAGGAUCAUCCAAAUAUAUCCUGGCGUCAGUUGCUUUCUGAUCAAUUUUAUGAACUUCGUUCAGCGAAUGGAAAUUUUAAUUUUAAACGUGGUAAAUCGUGUUUAUUUAAAAGUUAUUUUAAAACAUUGUAUCGACAUUUAUUGAACGUACCACUGUUUAUUUUACUCAUUGAUCAAAUAAAUAACGAUGAUACAAAUAAAUCACAUUUUAUUGGUAGUUGUAAUGUUAAAUUAAACGAAUUAAUUGAAAUAUUAAAUCAAUCAAUUCUUAAAAAUGGAAACGAUAUACCACUUGUUGAACAACAAACAUUUCAUUGUACGCUUUUUAAUUUGAUGGGCACGAACAUUGGUACUUGUGAUAUUGCUGUUCGAUUUUGUCAUUAUGGUACGACUAUUCUAACACAAUUACCUAUGCUUGAUGAUGAACAGGUGAUAGAAACAGAGAAAAAAGUUAAAAUUACUACUACAAAAAAGAAAGAUAAUGAACCAUCGGCUAUCUCACCACCUACGGAUACUAUUGUUAAACAAAUUCAUUUUGUUAAUGAAAAACGAGACGUUGCUUUACAAUUAUCUCAUAGUGAUCUUCCAUCAUCAUCAACCAAUAAUAAAUCAGCUCAAACACGUUGGACAAGUACAAAAAGUCGAUCAAGUGAUUCUCAUCAUUCAAAACAUCAAUAUCUACGUACCAUAGAGGAUCUGUCAGUGGAUGAUCCAACUGUUACUUUCUAUCGACCGCCAGCACUUUAUUUUAAUUCUGAUUCUGAUUUUCUUGAAAUGAUAACACCAGAAUCAACGAAAAUUGCUGAACAAGCAAAAGAAAAUCGUUUAUCUUAUCUUGCCUCCGUUCCAAUUAUUACAUUCGAUGAUGAUUCGACUGUUGAAGAUGAUGAUGAAAAUAAAAAGCCGCAGCCAAAGCGAAAAUCUAUAAGUAAUGUACGUUUUAAUUUACCUUCUUCGACACUUUCGAAAGAUUGUUCACAUACAAAAAUGAUUUCAAAACAAACAUUAGCAAAAGACUUUUUACAUAAUUUUCCACUUCUUCGAUCACUUGUUGAAGAAGCCUUAGCUUUACAACAAUAUGAACAUGAUGUGCCGAUAUCAAUUGGACACGUAGUGCUGAAUGAACGACCACACUCGGCUACGUUGCACCAACAAAAACAUUUAAAACAAAUUCCAAUACGUCCAAAGUCAGCAAUGAAUGUUCGUUCAACGCGAACUAAAUCUGUUAUUGUAUCGAGAAAUAUAAAUAAUACUCGCCGACUCUAUCCAUCUUCAUCGAAAACAGCUCAAAUAUUCAUUAAAAAAAGUGAUGUUCGUGAUUUAGUUGAUCGUCUUUCUAAGCCAAAGGUUCACAAACGAGCCGAAAAAAGAAUGACAUUGGUUAAUGAAAAUAUAUCAAAUCAAGAACCUCUUGUAAGAACUGCACGAGUCUCUUCGAAAUCUACUAUUUCUAUUCCGUCCACCACAACUACACGAAAACCACCGCUGUCCUAUGGCACAACACGUGCUCAUCGAUUAAUGGCUGAAUAUUCUCGAGCUCGACUUACUACUGUUCAAUCUCAAACAGUUAGUUCGCCUAAAUUUCAAGUAUCUGCAAAACAAGAGCCCAUAUCUAAUAGUCGUACUCCAUCAUUAUCAUCACCACAAUUAGUGAAUACUGGUACAUUUUCACGCUUAUCUCUUCUCAACCGAGUUGAUGUUGACACUCCUACGACGCAAAAAAAUACUAUGCAAAGACCAUCAUUAGAAGUUACACCAGAAAAUACGGGUCCAACUUUGAAAACCGCAACAUCCACAAGUCAAGAUGCUAGUUUAAAAUUAAAUCAAACAAUAACAAAAAUAAGGUUUUCUACUCCUGAAUCAACAACAUCACAGCACGAUAAAGUAAAUGAUGAAAGAAACGAUGAUUUAGCUUUUUCGAUUACGGAUAUCACUGAUUAUUUUACCGAUGGUGGUGAAUCAGGUACUCGUUCAAGGAGUCAACAGUCGACGUGA